AUGCCACGCCCAUCAACACCUCCCAGCGUUCCGGGCCCCUCCAAAGCAGUCGCAUCCCCGCCAACGCCCGAGGUGACUCGUCGCAUCGAAGAGUCCCGUCUCCGUGCCAAAUCCCUUCGCGCACAACACGAAGCUGCUCAGCGACACGCUGGCGUGUCUUCCCUGAACCGCACAUCCUCGGGCAUCGUCGCCACCAACGAUAUUUCCUUCCCCCGAACUCGAAAGCGUGUAUACGAUGAAAUUGCAUCAGUCCCGGUCCGUAAUACCCCAGCGACGAGUCGCGAUGGGCGUGCCAAUGGCGCAUUGCCGGACAACCCAACAACCACGGGCGAACAGAAGGGCGACGAAGGAGCGAUACGGCCUGCGCGCAAGUUCACAAAGUUUGUCGACUACGAUUUUGACAAGAUCACAGACACCAAAGGAGGUUUCCUCACGGCGGACGAUGAUCCGUUCAACAAGGCCAUGAGCGGGGCUGCAUCUGCGAACGCGAAAGCCGGCCCUCCCCAGGACCCAACGGAGCAGAAGCCUCAAGGCAUGUCGGCCCAGGAGUGGGAGCGUUUACAGUUACUACGGAAGCUACGGAAACAGAAGGCGGGGCCGUUCCAGCCGGGGUUGAGUGUACUCACAGAUGACAAGGAGAGAAAGAAGUGUCGCGAGUGCAAUAGUUUAGAGAUUGACUACGUCUGGGAUGAAGUAUUCAACUGUAGGAUCUGCAACCAGUGCAAAGAGAAGCUGCCCGAGAAGUAUUCUCUUUUGACCAAGACGGAAGCCAGGGAAGAUUACUUGUUGACAGAUCCCGAGCUACGAGACGAAGAUCUGCUCCCGCAAUUAUCCAGACCUAACCCUCACAAGUCCCACUGGCACGACAUGAUGCUGUUCCUCCGCUACCAAGUCGAAGAAUAUGCCUUCAGUGACAAAAAGUGGGGGUCUGCCGAGGCCCUUGACAGCGAAUUUGAGCGCCGCGAGACGGAAAAAAAGCAGCGCAAGGAGAAGAAGUUCAAGGAGAAGCUGCAGGAUCUCAAGAAGCGCACUUUGGCAGAAUCACAUCGGCGGCAGGGUACCAAAGCGGGGAAAGCCAAGUUUGGCGAGACGAUAGGCAAGGGAGGAAAGCAUGAGCAUGAGUGGGGGCGAGUGAUAGAGAAUGAGGAAGGCGCUACAUUGAAGACGUGCACAACGUGUGGUAUGGAAGUGGAGGAGUUGGAGUUUUGA